CUCACUCUCCAGAGUCCAGAGUGUCUCUCCCCACUUCUUCACUUCCACACAAAUCUUAAACCAUAAUUUGGAUCCAACAGUUCCAAAUCUAGGGUUUGUGAGAAUCAUCCACCGACAAACACCCAUCUUAGAGAGUGUUGUAUAAUGUAAGGUGAUGUAGAUUUCUGCAACCAAUGGUCCGAUUCGAGAUGGGGUUCGAGCCAAUGCAGCCAAGGGUUCCGAGGAGGGUCUGGUUAGGGUUCCAAAAAUCAAUGGGUGUCCUCGUGGGUGGGAAUCACACCUCCUCCAGGUUUUGCACUCGCUAGUCUCUCUGUAAAUCUCUGUUUGGCUUAUUUCCUCUCAAGUUUUUACACAAUCCUUCUUUUAAGUGUUUGUUAAAUAUUCCAAACCAACUCUUCGAUUUGCUCAAGAAUCCGAAAAGGCCUGUGCAUUUCAUGGAUCUCAAGGCCGUGAAAUAUCAGAUCCUUCAUGGGUCUAUAGCGAGGCGCGUGCUUUAUCGCACUUUCAUAGUCGCCUCGGCGAUUUCGAUCAUUCCCUUGCUGCACAUCUUAUCUGGUUCCGAUCUGGGAACAUUUGCCUCUGUGAACUCUAGUGACUGUAACGUGAAUUUGGGCAUUGCGAUGGCGACUGAGGCUCCGGGCACGACUUUGUUUCAUUCCCAGAUCCUGAAUCCAAUGUGGGACUCAAUGCAAUCAGUGCAGUGCAAGAAGAAUGUGAAUUUGACCGUUAAUGUGGUCAGAGAGCUAGUGGGCAAAAAUUUGUUGAAUUAUAAUGCGAAAGCUCUGUGCGUUGGAGAAGGGUCGGCCUUCGCCUUGUUGGCAUUGCGAGAUUUGGGAUUCUCCAAUGCCCGCGGUGUUUACAGGCACCGCUUUCUCUCGCUUAGGCGAAGACAGUUCAUUCAUGAGCUUGAUUACAUGGACAAUUCAUUCGAUUUCGUGUUGUCCAAGGAUAUAGACCAGGUUCCUGUCCCUGCAUUGCUCGUGCUUGAAAUUGAGCGCGUUCUUAGCCCUGGUGGAAUUGGUGCCAUUCUUGUGGGUGUUAGCGGCUCCUCCCCGAAUAACUUGAUUAGGUCUGCCACCCCGGUUUCCUCAUUACUGAAAUGUUCCAAUGUUGUGCAUGUUUGCUAUGUGCACAACUUCACUCUGGUUGUCUUCAAGAAAAUAUCCGACGAUGCCAGUUUCUUCAAGCAGUAUAGCCUUCCGGCUGACUGCCCAUCUAUUGCGAACAACAAACCUUUCAUGGACCAAAUUGAGCCUCUUGUGGAGGGAAAACCAAUGGGAUUUGAGAAAAGGUAUUAUUAUUUGCCCAAGCUUAUGGAUGUUGAUACUAAGAAGCGGUUAGUCUAUAUUGAUAUUGGGGCAGGGGUGCAUCUAAAUUCUAGUGUCAUGAACUGGUUCCUGCCAUCUUAUCCUGUGGAUCGCAAAGCUUUCAAUGUUUAUUUUGUUGACCAUAACACAUCGGUCCUGUUAUCCUAUGUCAAAAGGCCUGGCAUCACCUUUGUUUAUCAUCCGGGCUUGGCUGGAACUGAGGCUACGGCCAACGUGAGUUCUGAUGAAGACGUUGAUCCACCUUUGGAGAAAGAAGGGUUCAAUUUUCUUUCUUGGUUUAAAGAAACAGUGAAAUAUGCAGAUUUUGUGGUCCUGAAGAUGAACGCAGGUAAAGUGGAAAUGAAAUUUCUCUCGGAGUUAUUUGAAAGCGGAGCAAUAUGCUUUGUUGAUGAGAUGUUCCUUCACUGCUCGGGCAGUGUAGAAGAUGAAGAAGGUGCAUUAAAGGGAGACUGCAUUGACCUCUUCAGGGGCCUUAGAAACCGUGGUGUCUUUGUCCAUCAGUGGUGGGGAGACUAAGCAGCAUUGCUUUCUUGUAUUUCAUUUGAACCGUCUUCAGACUAGUUCUGCUGUCUGGUAUGUUGUUUUGAGUUUGUCGUUUAGGAUGCAUGAACAUCCAAGUUGCUUUGUGGUUGGGCACUUAAGCUACUAAAUAAACAACCAUAUGCUUAUGUUAUUUUGAGUCUGUCGUUUAGGAUGUAUGAACAUCCAGGUUGCUUUGUGGUUGGGCACUUAAGCUACUAAAUAAACAACCAUAUGCUUAUGUUAUUUUGAGUUUGUCGUUUAGGAUGUAUGAACAUCCAAGUUGCUUUGUGGUUGGGCACUUAAGCUAAAUAAACAACCAUAUGCUUAUGUUA